AAACAUCCGCCCCUCUCCGAGGUUAAAGGGAAGUUGAGAGAAAAUAGGAAGGUAGUCAGACGCGAAUAACAAAAACUGGAGUAUUCGCGUUGUGACGGAAGUCCGAGUGAAAGAUCAAAGAGGAGAUUCUCUGAAAUAUGGCGAUAGUAAAACUAGGGCAGCUGCACACAUCGAAGAAAAAUACCCACGCGGCCUUGAUUGUCGCUGUUUUUUUCGUAUAUUCUCUCAACCCCUCUACCGUCUGCGAGGCUAGGGCGAGGAGGAGUUCGUCGGAGGAGGUAGAAUCUUACAAUAAAUACUACAAUUACGUGGAUCUGACGCGGCUUCUCAAAUCUUUGGCGGACAGGUAUCCUCAUGUCGCGAAUUUGUCCAGCGUGGGCCAAUCGGUACAGGGUAGGGAGCUAUGGGUGAUGAGAAUCACGAAGGACCCCGCUGCGGACGGACCGGGGAAGCCCAAAUUUAAAUACGUGGGGAACAUGCACGGAGACGAGACGGUGUCCCGGCAGAUUUUGGUGUACCUGGUAGAACACCUACUGACCCGGUAUGGGGAGGAUCCGCGGGUGACGGACCUGGUCAACAACACCGACAUCUACAUCAUGCCGAGCAUGAAUCCCGACGGCUUCGAGAAGUCCGUGGAGGGAGACUGUAACGGGGACAACGGUGGUCGAAAGAAUGCCAAAAACAUCGACUUGAACAGAAGCUUUCCGGACCAGUUUGACAUCAUAAACGUCAGAAAAGAAGACGUCCCGGAAGUCACGGCCGUGAUUAAAUGGAUUCUUGAGAACAAGUUCGUCUUGUCCGGGAACCUCCACGGGGGCACGGUUGUGGCCAGCUAUCCCUUUGACGACUCGGCAUCUCACGACCCCGAGGGCCACUACAGCAAGUCGUCGGAUGACUCGCUGUUCAGGUACCUGGCACGGACGUACGCGGAGCGCAACCCAGUCAUGGCAACCGGCGAGCCUAACUGCCCGGACGCCCCGCUUGAGACAUUCAAGGACGGCAUCGUAAACGGUGCCGAGUGGUACGACGUAUCUGGAGGGAUGCAGGACUAUAACUACCUGAAGGGGAACUGCCUGGAGAUCACCAUGGAGCUGAGCUGCUGUAAGCACCCCCACGCCGCGCAGCUCCCCACCGAGUGGGACAACAACCGAGAGUCUCUGCUGGCGUACAUGGAGAAGGUGCACAUAGGAGUGCGCGGUUAUGUGAGAGAGGCGCAGAAUGGGACCGUUCUCUCAGACGUGAGGGUCACGGUCGCGGGGAACAACCACAACGUGACCACAGGGAAGUUUGGAGAUUAUUACCGUCUCCUUCUGCCCGGCAGCUACAACAUCACGGCCAGUCUCCCUGGAUACCAGCCCAUGACUGUAGGGGGCGUGCAGGUGGUGGAAGAAAAGGCCACAGAGCUCAACUUUACCCUGGCGGCCGUGAGGGAGGAGCCUCUCCCCAGUCCCUCCUCCAGCACCCCUGCGCUCCCACCCACCACCACCGGGGGCAGCAACGCGUCGUCGGCCUCCAACGUGAGCUCCGCCCCCGCGACCCCGACGGCGACCCCGCCGCCGCCCCCUCCCCAGCCCGUGCAGCCGCAGGACUUCCGGCACCACCACUACAACGACAUGGAGCUCUUCCUCAGCCGCUACAACGCCGAGUUCCCCGCCAUCACCCGCCUCUACUCCGUCGGCACGUCCGUGCAGAACCGCCGCCUCUACGUCAUGGAGAUCACCGACAACCCGGGCGUGCACGAGGAAGGGGAACCGGAGUUCAAGUACAUCGGCAACAUGCACGGCAACGAGGUGGUGGGGCGCGAGGUGCUCCUCAACCUGAUCGAGUACCUGUGCCGUAACUACGGCAGCGACCCCGAGGUCACCCAGCUGGUCAACAGCACGCGCAUCCACAUCAUGCCCUCCAUGAACCCCGACGGGUACGAGCUGGCUCAGGAGGGAGACGUCAAAGGCUACGUGGGUCGCAACAACAGCAACAAUUUUGACUUGAACCGGAACUUCCCGGACCAGUUCACCGCCAUACCGGACCCCCAGCAGCCGGAGACCAUCGCCGUGAUGAACUGGCUGAGAAUGUACCCCUUCGUCCUGUCCGCUAACCUGCACGGAGGGUCUCUGGUGGUGAACUAUCCUUACGAUGACAACGCGGAGGGCCAGAGGGGUUACAGCAGGUCCCCCGACGACGCCGUCUUCAAGAUGGUCUCUCUGGCGUACGCACAGGGUAAUCCUCUCAUGCAAAAGGGGAUACCGUGUGUAGAUCUGUACCCAGGGGAGUUCUUCCAGGAUGGCAUCACCAACGGGGCGGGUUGGUACAGCGUGCCAGGGGGCAUGCAGGACUGGAACUACCUCAACACAAACUGCUUUGAGGUGACCAUCGAGCUGGGCUGCGUGAAAUACCCGCCCGCCAAAGACCUGCCCAUGUACUGGGAGCAGAACCGGCAGGCCCUGCUGCAGUUUAUACACCAGGUGCACAAGGGGGUGAAGGGGAUGGUGAUGGACGGGAAGGACGGCACGGGCAUCUCCAAUGCCACCAUCACGGUGGCGGAGGUGGAUCACCCCAUCACCACCAACAAGGCCGGGGACUACUGGCGCCUCCUGGCGCCCGGCACGUACCAGCUGACUGCGUCCGCGCGCGGGUACACUCCCGUCACCGUCUACGCCACCGUGCCGGACGAGGGGGUGGAGCUGGUGGACUUCCGGCUGACGCGGGUGCGCAGCGAGGAGGGGGCGGCGGCGAAGGGCCCUCCCCCGACGCGGGACCCCACGGAGGAGGAGUUUGAGCGCUUCAUCAAGGAGCUCUCCAGCGAGCGCGGCCUGGAGCAGCUCCUGCAGUCCACCGCCCCGCACAGCAGCUUCCGUUACCGCGCCUACAACGAGCUGUCCGAGUUCCUGCGCGGGCUGACCUACAACUUCCCCAAGAUCACCCGCCUGCAAAGUCUGGGGCAGAGUGUGGAAUUCCGGACCAUCUGGGCCCUCGAAAUCUCCAACAUGCCGAAGGUGCCCGAGCCCGCCGAGCCCAAGGUGCGAUUCGUGGGCGGUAUCCACGGCAACGCGCCGGUGGGCACGGAGCUCCUGCUGGAGCUGGCCGCCUUCCUGUGCAUCAACUACGGCAAGAGCCCCUCCGUCACCAAGCUGAUUGACAGGACCAGGAUCGUGAUCCUGCCGCUGGUGAACCCGGACGGGCGGGAGCUGGCCCAGGAGAAGCACUGCAGCUCUGAGGUGGGCCUGACCAACGCGCACAAGAAGGACCUGGACACAGACUUCUUCGGUAAUGCGUCGCAGCGCUUCCAGGAGAUGCAGCCAGAGACGGAGGCGGUGAUGAAGCUGAUCCAGACCAAGGGCUUCACCCUCUCUGUGGCCCUGGACGGGGGGACGCUGCUCGCCACUUACCCCUACAACAAACCUGUCCAGCCAGUGGAGAAUGAAGACACCUUGAAGUACCUUGCUUCCGUAUAUGCCAACAACCAUCCCACAAUGCACCUUGGGCGUCCCGGGUGUCCAAACAGCCAAGUGGAAAACAUUCCGGGGGGCGUCCUACGCGCAGCCGAAUGGCAUAGUCACAUGGGCAGCAUGAAGGACUUCAGUCUGGAUUUCGGGCACUGUCCUGAGAUCACCGUGUACACGGGCUGCUGCCUGUUCCCCGCUGCUGACCAGCUGUCCCGCCUGUGGGCGGAGAACAGGAAGUCCCUCCUCAGCAUGCUGGUGGAGGUGCAUAAAGGGGUGCGGGGCGUGGUGCAGGAUAAGAGCGGGCGGCCCAUCGUGGGGGCGAUGAUCGUGCUGAACGGGGGGGUGAGGGUGUUCACCAGCGAGGGGGGGUACUUCCACGCCCUGCUGGCCCCCGGGGCUCACAACAUCGAGGCCGUCGCCGACGGUUACCAGCAGCAGCGGCAGAAGGUGUUCGUGUCGUCGUAUGAAGCCGCCAGCUCCAUCAUCAUCGAAUUCGACAUGGACAACCACAUCUUCGGCCUCCCCCGGGAGUUUGUGGUGGCCACCGCGGCGGCCUCCAUGACCGCCCUGGUCAUCACGGCCUGCAUCAUCUGGUGCGUGUGCUCGGCCAAGUCCACGCGGCAGAAGGACGGCUUCCACCGGCUGCGGCAGCACCGCGACGACUACGAGGGCGACAUCCGCCUCACCUCCAUGGGCUCGGAGAAGUCCCUGCUGGGCCACGAGUUCCAGGACGAGAGCGAGAGCGAGGAGGACACGCUGUACGCCAACAAGCUCUGAGCCCCGCCCCCCCCCCCCACGCCGGAGCGGGAGGGAGAGCCCCUC